CUGCUGACUGCCUUUGGCUUUGCUCCAACUUCUGUUCGACGUCGCAGCAUUCAAGCUGAGGCCUUGCAAAGCGCUUGUAACUCGCUCUAUCCACUGGCAGAGGGUUCCUCGAAGGCUGGAGGCAGCCACCGUUUUUGCCUACAUCAGCUGCUCGAUCCUUCUCAUCGCAAAGCGAAGUCACAGAGUCGACAAUCAAUCUCGAGCCGAUCAUGCCGCCACCCGCUCAAGUCGUCCAGCAACCAGGCCAGCCGGCGCCGGGCUUGCUUCAGAAGCUUGGGAUGGGCGCGAUGAUGGGCGUUGGCGUCGGAUUGACGAUCGGAUUCAUCGGCGGUGCCUUUCAGAUCCUAAGAGCUGGACCAGGACCCAAAGGGACGAUGGCAACGCUCACUCAAUUCAUGGGCACAUCAGCUGCAACAUUCGGCUUCUUCAUGUCUAUUGGCACCGUCAUCCGCACCGAAUCGCACCUCAACCCAGUAGAAGAGGAGCGCUGGCGGAUAGCAGCCAUGCGUGGCGGCUGCCUCAUCUCUUCGUCUGCGUCCUCAUCUUCAGUAUCAGCUUCCUUGAUGGAUGCUCGGCGACGAGGAGCCGAGGCGAUGCAGACACCUUCUCCUUCGCUGCGACGAUGAAGUGUGAGCAUAGCCGUAGCAUAAAAAGGGCGGACACAUACCCUUCCGAGUGGAGUAUGCGGCGAUGCGCCGCUUACGGUGCAGUUGCAGAUUAAUUCCAUUCAUGUUAAUGCCAAUCUGAUUUUGCCGGGAAUACGACGAAGACGAGCAUGCAUUUCUUCCGC